UGUAACCCCACUUAAUGUUUAUCGAGAAACAUAAAAAAAAUGCUACGCGCCAAAGGAAAAACUUCUCUAUAGAAUUUCCCCUUUUUCGGCUGCUAUUUUUUUCCACCGCCCAGCUCCCUCUCGCAGCGCUCUCAAAGAAGUUUUUCCAACAUAGCUUCCACAAGAGAGAUGCUUAUAAGAAAAUGUAACUCUUAUAUGACACAAGAAAAGGUAUGAAGCGCGCGGAGCUCCCCACGUUGGAGGUGUGAGUGAGAGGGUGCGAGCGAGACGGGGCGAGUGUGUGGAGCUUGACAAAGUGCGCCACAAACCUCGUGAGUAUUUGUGCUUUGGAAAUAGAGACGGGGCGAGGAAGUAAGCGCAAUCCAUUAAAAAAGAAUGGGAGAAAAAAUUGCCGGUGUAUGCGUGCGUGUCUCUGGGAAAUAUAAAAAUGCGCUCCGUUUUUCGGGCUAUAGCUGUCUCACUCCAACUUGCGCCAUGUGACCGAAAAAACUGAUAAGUGUGAUUCUUUUUCAAAACUUUUUCUUUUUUUUACCCACCACACCACCACCACGAACUUCGCCCGCCAUCCACACACACACACAUGGAAGUGGGUAGUAUAGGGGCCCAUGUUGCGGUGUAUCCGGGGAAGCUCUCUUGGCCCCUUUGCUUGGCUGAAUGGGUGGUUGGUACGAGAAGUAAAAAAAUCGCCGAAGAGGUUAUAUGUGGCUGUGUACAGCGAUUAAUUGUGUAAAAAUUUUUCUGUGUGCAUGUGCUGCCGAAGCAAAAGGGGAUUCUCCUACUCGCUCACUCAUUCUCUCCCCCGGAAUUUUUUUCACUCCUCACCGCACACAUGUACAUCAGCCACUCUUAAAACAUACAAAACGACGCAAGAUCUCGCCUAACAAACUUUGAGGACCAAAACUUUUUCUAAACCAGUCGAGUUUUUGCUUCGCAAUGAUCAGCACACGUCUGCAGUGCGUUUUUUCUCGCUCAUACCACCGCACCAAUUGACUUAAUAUCUGAGCCAAGUGAGAUUUGGUGUUGAUUUCGGUUUUUAUUCGUCGUUGGGGAACUUCUACCUGUGCCUCUUCCCACUGCGCCUGCUACUUAACAACAACACAAAAAGACUAAAGAAAAAAAACUCAGAGGUGUAGAAGAGAGACAUUUUGGGGCACCCCGUGAAUAUUGUACCGAAAAAAAUAUUUUAAUAUACACUGAGAGUUCCGCGCGAAUUCGACAAGUGGAUCUUGCCGCCACGGCCAGUGACUAUUUGAAUUUUCUGCUGGCAACAGACUCUGCUCUGCUUUGUAAUCUCAUCUCUUAUAAAUUUUGUUGUAAUUGUUAAUAAAAAGCAAAAGAACUUGAUUAUACCACCCAAAGAACAUUCCCAAGUUUUGAAGAAAACAAGCACGCAAGAAUUAUCCUAGUGACCGACAAAUAGCAAGAAUGUGUUCCAUGCGGUGUCGUCUAACCAUUCUUGUUGCACUGUAAGGCGGUAAACUUACAAGCCUGCAAGACUCGUUACCACACCGGCGAUCGGUGCGAACAUUUUUUUUUUUUUUGAAUUUUCUUUUCAAAAAUUUUCAUUUACCUGUGAAGUGAUUGCGCGGAAGUCGUUGUGCCUUUCUGGGAUUGAAUGAGGUGAUCCUUCUGCUGAUCUUAUUUUUCUUUUGAACUUGGUGGAACUCUUUCUUAUGUGCCUUUGUUGGAACAUCGAUCGUACUGAGGUAGCGUGCCAUAGUAAUUUGCAGUUUAAGUCGGCAGUUAGGGCGGUUAGUUCCGUCAACGAGGAAUCUUGUGUGUGUGAACAAGGUGUAUGUGGGUUCGGCAUACCAAAAGCACAGGAAGGAGAUUCAGCAUUGUUUUGCAUUGUUCCUGAAAAGCCCGUGCCACGGAGAUUAAUUAGUCGCAGGUAGGAAGGAACACCCUGGAGGGCCGCGCGAUUGAGUACCGGCCCGGCGGUGGGCUGGACUACCACAACUCACCCCUAAUGGCGGAAAUACCAACGGGUGACUACAGUCACAUCCACCGGUCAAUUGACCAGCUACGCUCAAUGAAUGAGAGAGGUGUCCUAGGACCAUUGGGUGCCCUAACAUCCACAGACCUACGAGCAAGUCUCGUCCAUGACUACAAGCCGUUCAAUGUGAGUGAUCUACGAACCCCUGAGCGUAUUGACUAUGGCGCUGCAAAAGUGAUAGAUGGGCGCAGUGGACAGAAUGGCGGUGCUGCCCAAAAUCCCAAUACCGACGGGUCAGCCAACAAUAACGGCGACCCAACUGACAUGAGACAUCCCGGAAAUGUUGAUCAGCAGGACCAGAAGCCCUAUAGUACCCCAUCAACACCACCAACGCCCCUUUCCAUCUCAGAUGCUCAGAUGCAGGAAUCCAAGAUUUUCGGCUCGAAAGCGGACCUCCAGCUGCACACGCAGAUCCACAUGCGUGAAGCAAAGCCAUACAAGUGCUCCCAGUGCGCAAAGGCAUUCGCCAAUUCCAGCUACCUGUCGCAGCACACCCGCAUCCACCUGGGCAUCAAGCCGUACCGCUGCGAGAUCUGCCAGCGCAAAUUCACGCAGCUUUCGCACCUGCAGCAGCACAUCCGGACGCACACGGGUGACAAGCCCUACAAGUGUCGCCAUCCAGGCUGCCAAAAAGCCUUUUCGCAGCUCAGCAACCUCCAGUCGCAUUCGCGCUGCCACCAAACGGAUAAGCCCUACAAGUGCAACUCAUGCUACAAGUGCUUCUCCGACGAACCAUCCUUGCUGGAGCACAUCCCCAAGCACAAGGAGUCAAAGCACCUCAAGACACACAUUUGCCAGUACUGUGGCAAGUCCUACACACAGGAAACCUACCUCUCGAAGCACAUGCAAAAGCAUGCCGAAAGGACGGAUAAGAGGCCGCCAAUUGCAGGACUCGCCGGUUUGGGGCUGAAUAGUCGAAACCUGGCUUCAGCCAUGUCAAACACACCCCUUACGGUGGCUGCCACGGCCACAGAUCACCCCUACUGGCCCAAGGUGAGCCCCGAUUCAGCGGCAAGCCUGGCGGAGGCAAUGCAACAGCAGCAACAGAACCAGUAUGACUUUGUGAUGCAGCACGCAGCAGCGGGAGCAGCAGCUGGGGAUCAUCUGCACCAUCGAACCCUCCUUGAGCACCAUCGAAACCUCAAUGGGACCACCGAGGAUGGGGAGGAUCUCGUGAUAGCCAGUCGUCAGGGAGCCGCAAAUCUCGCCACAAGCGGCAGCAGUGGUGGUAGUCAUAUUGCUGCUACGCAGAACCCACCUGCCGCCUCAACGCCAUCCGCUGCACCCACUGGCGCCAGCUACGACACAAAGACCACCAGCAAUUCCGCCUUUACACCCAUCAACUCCAUGACACCCCACCUCAAUUCCCUGGGGCAUCAUCAUCAGCUCACCCAGCGGCCCUACAUAUAUGACGCCAUCAGCUUCCAGAAUAAGAAUGUCAAUCAAAAUGCCGGCGCUAGUUUUCCCAAUCAGCUGAUUUCCCUGCACCAGAUUCGCAACUACGCCCAUCAACCGGGUGGACCGGCUGGCCUGAUGGCUGGGGAGCAUCUUCUGGGGAUCGGGGUGGGUGUUGGCAAGGAUAAAGGACAGUAGCGCCGGCUAGCUGCGACGUGGUGAUUCUCCCCGCCGCCUAGUGGUGUCGCCACAUAAAAAACAAACGGGUAAAUGCUGUGCAUUUUGUGAACCCCCUUCCCCACCCCCACCCCUCCACAAACACCCUCGAAUUGCGCGAGACGGUGGCGAUCUCAACACAACAACAAAAAAAAAACUCGAGCACGCACCCCCUGGGACGAGGAGUCCCCCCAACCGCGGGGACCACGUGACAGUGUGGAUGCAAGAAUCCAUUUGAAUUUCAGACAACCUUCCUCCGUCAGGACAAGAAGUCUGGAUUCGCAAUUUUUAUACGAGGUAUAAAAUCUAAUAUCGGUAUGUAAGGUUAGAAAUUCUGUAUUUUCUUAUAUAAAAAAAUGGCAAAAAAAAUUCAAGGAGAACUUUCUCCUUUAAAAAGUGAAAAUUUCAAAAUUUAAAAAAGAAGAAAAAAUCAUAAACUGAGAAGAAUAUUCAUUGGUGAAGAAUAUUUUAUUUCUUUAAUUGAAUUUCCAACAAAACAAAUCAUUUGUAUACGAAUUUGAAGGAAAACUUUCCAAAAGAAAAUUAUUAAACAUAUUUUCUUAAUUUCUAAAUGUGUUUGAAUUUUUUUACAAGUUUUCAUGGAUAUUCUUCUCAUGGAUUUUUUAAUUUGAAAUUUGAAGCAAAAAGUUGAAUUUGCACAAAAGAUACACAGAGAAAAAUAAGUGUGAGAGUUCUUUUCACACUGCUGAAAGACUUUAUUAGGAAGGGGAAAAGUAUUUGAAAAUAAAGAAAAAUUCUUUAUCGUCAUUUAAAAUUUAUUCUAAGAAGCAGCACAAAUUUUAGUAUAAACGAAUUGGUUUUAGUUCUAAACCUAGUUAGGCAGCUAUAAAUUCUUACAGGUUGAAAAGGAUUCUUUUCUUUUGUGCGAUAUUUUAGUUAUAUUUUCCCUUCCGUUUUAGGUGUUUGGAUAGUUCAGGAAGUUCAGAGUUUUCCUUUUAAGGUUCAAAAAGUUAUUACAUGCUCAAAAUUACAAGAAACAAGAAAGGGAAUUUUCAAACAUUAAAAAAAAACAUUAAACAUUAAAAUAAAAGAAACUUCAGACGUUAAAAAGGAACCGUCAAACGUCUAAUGUCAAGAAAUGUCAAGUCUUUUAAAUUAAAAGAAAUCUAAAAUCACUUGAAUAGAUUUCUAGCUAGGCUUCUUGAAAAUUUUUACUAGAAAUAAUGUUUAAUUUUUAUGUAAAAGCUAAAAAUAAAAACAUUCAAUUCAUUGUAGUUCAGUUAGAAAAAUAAUUCAAACAUAACCGAAGUGGUCCUAGGUCUAACCUAGACUAGAAGUUCCUAUUGACUCAAUAACUAUUUUAUUUUCAAAUCAUUCAUCUUGUUUUUUCUAAUAAUUUACCUCUAAAGUUUUAUAUUGAAAAUUUCUCUGACUGUAGCGCCUCUACCAACGAAUAGCAAGAGAAAACAUUCAUUACCCUUAAAAGUCUUUAUUAUGGAAACUUUUUCUCUGUGUGUGCUUUUUUGUGCAAAUUUUGCAUAAUGUCAUGUGGUUUAAAGAUAUUCUUACGUAAAGAAAAAUGUAAUAAGUAGUUAAUGAAAAGAAAACAAUGACAAUUUAAGAAAGGAUAGAGAGAGAGGAGUGUGUAAAAAGUUACAUAGUGGAUAAAAUUUAGGAAGGUACAUCUAGUUAAAAUCUAUUUCAAUAUAACUUAAUAGAAAGAAACUUUUAGUUACUUAAAAAGCGCCCAAAUAGGCAGAGGUUUAAUGGGGAAUGAGCUGAGAAGAAAAAUUAAAAAAGAAAAAUAAAAAUAUAGGCCCCGUUAAAGCAAAAAUCUCAAUGAGAGUAAACAUACAAUCGAGCAAUCAAGUCUGUGACCAUUUGAGAUGAUUUUGAUUGAAUUCUUCUCUAUAUUUUUAUAUUUAUUGCUUUCUUUUAAUUCCAAUUUAUUUUAUUUUUUCGACUUUACAGGAAUAUCAAUCUCAAAUAUUCUUUGAGAAUUUAUAUUAAACAAAAAAGAAAAUUGAAGAAACAAAGAUCCAGUGAAUUUACAUCAAAGUCAUUUCGGAGGGAAAAAAAUGAUAAAGUCCUCAAUAGUAAAAAAUGUUAUAAUUCUUAUUUCUUAACAAUAAAAUAAAAGUGAAUUACAAAAUGUAAAAAUAAUUACAUUUUAAAUAGAUCCAUGAAUUUAUUGAAUUUUUGUAUUAUUUGUAAACAUUAGAUACCUAUUUCUUUUUUUUUAAGUAAUCUUAAUCUGCUGUUGGAUACUUCCUUUCUAUAUAAGUUUACUUCUCUCAGAUAAUAUAAGUUUAUAGGUUCUCAUUUUGUCUGGAUAAUAUAUAAAUAAAGAAAAUGUAAACUAUUUUAUUAAUUCUUUCCCAAUUUAGGUAUACAAAUAAAUAUAUAUUUGAAAAUGGAAAUAUUGACGCAAAAAAAUGUCAGAAGGUACAUUAAAUUAUGUAAUAAAAAAUUUCUUUUUGUAAAUACAUUUUAAGGAAAUCAUAAAUUUGAAGGAAAAAGAGGAACAGUGAAUAAAAAUAAUUUUACACAUAAAA